GGUAGAUCAGGCCAGACCCCUGCGUUCAGUGUUCAGUGCUGCCUGGAGGUUGGCUGUAGGACUCAGGUGACUGGCUCCGGGUGGGAUCAAGGACACAGUCAGUGAGCAGGAAGACUCCGUCGGUGUCAGCAGCAUGAAGCUGAAUUUCAAAGGCCUGAGGGCCCUGGUGACAGGGGCAGGGAAAGGGAUUGGACGGGACACUGUGAAAGCCCUGCACGCCUCGGGAGCCAAAGUGGUGGCCGUGACACGCACCAACGCAGACCUGGUCAGCCUUGCCAAAGAGUGUCCGGGCAUAGAGCCCGUGUGUGUGGACCUGGGUGACUGGGAGGCCACGGAGAAGGCGCUGGGCGGUAUUGGCCCCGUGGACCUGCUGGUGAACAAUGCAGCCGUGGCGCUGAUAGAGCCUUUCAUAGAGUCUACCAAGGAGGUCUUUGACAGGUCCUUCAAGGUGAAUGUGCGCUCUGUGUUGCAGGUGUCCCAGAUUGUAGCCAAGGGCAUGAUUAACCGUGGAGUGCCAGGGUCCAUUGUCAACGUCUCCAGCAUGGUGGCCUAUGUCACCUUCCCUGGCCUGACCACCUACAGUUCCACCAAGGGAGCAAUAACCAUGCUGACCAAAGCCAUGGCCAUGGAACUGGGGCCAUACAAGAUCCGGGUAAACUCCGUAAACCCCACUGUGGUGCUGACUGAUAUGGGCAAGAAAGUCUCUGCAAAACCUGGCUUUGCCAAGAAGUUAAUGGAGCGCCACCCGCUGAGGAAGUUCGCAGAGGUGGAGGACGUUGUCAACAGCAUCCUCUUCCUGCUCAGCGACCACAGCGCCUCGACCAGUGGCUCUGGCAUCCUGGUGGACGCUGGGUACCUGGCCUCCUAGACUGCCCAGAUGCAGUGGAUUCCUGGAGGCCUCUCCACCCCCACCCUCACACCAGGACGCUGCCUUCAACCCACCCCAUGUCCAUCCCUAAUUUUAGACUCCAGGAUCCCUCCCUUCCAUACCAGCUGGGCUGGGCUAAUUUGCCUGAAUAAAUGACCAUAGUAUCCCAAA